UGUCAAAACUACUCCAGUUAUUCGCGAACACUUGCAUUGUUAAGUCAAAACAUUUAAUCGCACCGCACAAAUUUACUCUUGCAACAAUGUCCGACAAAGCCGAUAUCGCCUUGAUUGGUUUGGCCGUCAUGGGUCAAAACUUGAUUCUUAACAUGGAUUCCAAGGGCUUCAAGGUUUGCGCUUAUAACCGCACUGUGGAUAAGGUCCACAAUUUCUUGGCGAACGAAGCGAAAGGCACAAAUAUCAUCGGAGCGACUUCAUUGAAAGACAUGGUGGAUAAAUUAAAGGUGCCUCGAAAGGUCAUGAUGUUAGUGAAAGCUGGAAGUGCCGUUGAUGACUUUAUCGCGCAACUUGUGCCGCUUCUUGCGCCGGGCGACGUCAUCAUCGACGGCGGCAACUCCGAAUAUCAGGAUACGGAUCGUCGUUGCGCGGAAUUGGCGAAAAAGGGAAUUUAUUUCGUCGGAAGUGGCGUGAGCGGAGGCGAAGAAGGCGCUCGUUAUGGUCCCUCGUUGAUGCCAGGAGGUCAUAAGGAAGCGUGGCCCUUGAUUAAAGACAUUUUCCAAUCGAUUUGCGCCAAAAGUGGGAAUGAACCGUGCUGUGAAUGGGUUGGCGAAGGAGGCGCGGGACAUUUUGUGAAAAUGGUUCACAAUGGAAUUGAGUACGGAGAUAUGCAGUUGAUUUGUGAGGCGUAUCAUUUGAUGCAGGCAAUGGGAAUGUCCCAAGACGAAAUGUCCAAAACGUUCGAAGAAUGGAACAAAGGCGAACUCGACUCGUUCCUCAUCGAAAUCACAAAAGACAUCUUAAAGUACAAAGACGGCGAAGGUUACCUUCUCGAACGCAUUCGUGACACUGCCGGACAAAAAGGAACCGGAAAAUGGACUGCAAUCUCCGCCUUGCAUUACGGCGUUCCCGUUACUCUAAUUGGCGAAGCGGUUUUCAGUCGUUGUCUCUCCGCCUUGAAAGACGAACGUGUUUUGGCCAGCGGAAAACUCUCGGGACCUUCUCGCGCCGCAACUGUCGCCAACAAAGCCGAAUUCCUGAAUCACAUCAAAAACGCUCUCUAUUGCGCCAAAAUUGUCUCUUACGCUCAGGGCUUCAUGUUGAUGCGCGAAGCUGCCAAAGAGAACAAAUGGAGCUUGAAUUACGGCGGAAUUGCUCUCAUGUGGCGCGGCGGAUGCAUCAUUCGGUCCGUUUUUCUCGGAAACAUCAAAGACGCCUUUGUGCGUAACCCGAAUUUGUCGAAUUUGUUGCUCGAUGACUUUUUCAAGCAGGCAGUGACGAAAAAUCAGGAAUCCUGGCGGCAAGUUGUUUCGCAUGCCGUUUUGUGGGGCAUUCCAGUGCCUGCGAUGUCGUGUGCUUUGGCAUUUUAUGAUGGAUAUCGUGCAGCAAGAUUGCCGGCGAAUUUGUUGCAAGCGCAGCGAGAUUACUUUGGAGCUCAUACGUACGAAUUGUUGGGCAAGGAGGGCAAAUUUGUGCAUACCAAUUGGACCGGGCAAGGCGGAAAUGUCUCUGCGAGUACUUAUCAAGCGUAAAAAGUUGUUGUUGAAAAGUCUUCAAUCGUUACCUUCGACAAAAAAAAAUAGGUUUUUAAGAGAUUUGGUGGGUUUUUGUUGAAAAAAAGUUAAAAACAUUCCAUGAAAUUGUUGGAAAUUUUUUUUGUACUAAUAAAUUAUUUAUAUUGAAAUGUUG